CCAUUUAAUACAUACCUUCAACACAACUUCCCCCAAUUCCAUCUCUCCACCACUACUGCCGCCGCAGAGUCGUGUAUAUUAAAUAUUUCUAUUAGAACAGAGAUUAAUCAAUCGCGAUCAUGAUUAAAAGGAAAAAGAUAAUCUUAGUACCUUACCCAGCGCAAGGUCACGUGACUCCGAUCCUCAAGCUCGCCGCCGUCCUCUCCAAUCUCUCAUUCCGGCCGGUAAUCGUCGUUCCGGAAUUCAUCCAACGCCGCAUCUCGCCGCGAAUCGACGCCGGAAUUAUCUGCCUACCUAUCUCCGACGGCCUCCCCGAAGACGCGCCUAGGGAUUUCUUUGCCGUCGAGCGCGCCAUGGAGGAAAACAUGCCGCCGGCGCUCGAAUCGAUCAUCCGCGCCGAGGAGGACGGCCAAAUUGCGUGUCUGGUGGCGGAUUUGCUGGCGUCGUGGUCAAUCGACGUCGCUCGCCGCUGCGGCGUCCCGGCGGCGGGGUUCUGGCCGGCAAUGCACGCCACUUACCGCCUUAUCGCCGCCGUUCCGCAACUCAUCCAAACAGGACUUAUCUCUGAAAACGGAUUACCAAGAAAUCCCAAUGCUCCUAUAAAGUUAUCAUCCAUGGAUCCCAUCUUCUCUACAAAUGAUCUCCCAUGGCUCAUUGGCUCUCUUUCUUCGCGAAUUCGGAGGUUUCGAUUUUGGACAAGAACCCUCCAUCGAGCCGAAUCCUUGCGAUGCAUUCUCGUCAACUCGUUCCCCCUCGAAUCACCCUCCAACAUUAAUCCUAUGCAACAAGUUUUAGAAAUCGGGCCAAUAAUCAUGCAACCCGCGACGGUAGCCAAUGCCACAUUUUGGGAAGAGGACUUCACUUGCCUCGAUUGGCUCGACGAGCACGAUGUGGGCUCCGUUGUUUACGUGUCAUUUGGAAGUUGGGUGGGCCCCAUUGAUGACGGUAAGAUAAAAACCUUAGCCCUAACGCUCGAAGCAUUGGGGUUGUCAUUUGUAUGGGUGUUAGGGCAUGCAUGGCGCCGAGGGCUUCCGCUAGGGUAUGCUGCUAGAGUGGCAACACAUGGGAAGAUUGUCUCGUGGGCCCCGCAAACGGAGGUGCUUCAGCACCCGGCCGUCGGAUUUUAUAUCUGUCAUUGUGGAUGGAAUUCGACCAUGGAGGCAAUACUUUGUAAGAAACCUUUGUUAUGCUAUCCUAUUGCAGGGGAUCAAUUUUUAAACUGUCGAUAUAUUGUGGAUGUGUGGAAAAUCGGAGUGCAUAUAAAAGGAUUUGAUUUUGAAGAAGUAAAAAAUGGGAUUGAGUGGAUUGUCGAAAAUGACGAAGUGAGUACUCGCAUCGAGAAGUUGAAUGAGAAGAUAUUCGGAAAUGAUGGGAGCUUCAAGGCGAUGAGUAAUUUUUCUACCUUUGUUGAAGAUAUUAAUAUGUAAGUUCAAAUAGAUGUUCAUUUCAUAAAUUUUGGUUGGUUUUGUUUUUGUUUUUUUUUUAUGCACCAUAAUUAGUUUUGAAGGGUGAUCAAAACUAUGAUUACAUCUACAUUAUUCACUUACGUUUCAUACUUACGGGAUUAUUGUGAAAUGCAAGUAAUUUUUAAUUUUUACAUAU